CAUCCUCACAGCUCCUUCCUCAUCAGUGUGGAGGCUGCAGGUUGAGGUUGCCACCCGCGAGCCCUCGGGGGGACGAUGGCGGCGAGGCCAGCGCUGGGCUCCCGGCCGCUGGUGCUGGCGUUGGUGGUGCUGGCCGCGGCAGAAGCGGCGGCGCCCCGGCGGGCGGCCGUGCUGCCCGAGGCGGUGGGCAGCGGGGACGGCGAGGAGGUGCCGGCCACGCCGCCCGGCCGCCGCCUGACGCCGGGCAGCAGCCCCACCGUGGGGACCGCCGCGGGGACGGCCGUCACCAACAGCUCGGCGCCGGGGGGCCUGCUGGAGGGGCUGGCGGACUUCUUUAAGGAGUACAUGCUGCUGGUGGUGGUGGUGGGCUCGCUGGCCUUCGUCCUCCUCUUCAUCAUCUGCGCCGCCGUCAUCGUGCGGCAGAAGCACAAAGCCUCCGCCUACUACCCGUCCUCCUUCCCCAAGAAGAAGUACGUGGACCAGCGGGACAAGGUGGGGGGGCCGCGGGAUUUCACCGAGGUGCCCGAGAAAGCCCCCGACCCCGGCGCUGAGGAGCCCCUCGACGGCAACCAGCAGCUGCAGGCGGACAUCCUCGCCGCUGCCCAGAACCUCAAAUCCCCCGCCAAGGCAUCGCUGGCCAACGGCCCCCAGGGGGAGCAGAGACCCCCCCGAGAGGAGGAGGAGGAAGAAGAGGAAGGAAGCAAAAAGCAGGGUGAUGAGCAACCUGCUGCUGAGCCCGCACCCCAAAAUCCAGGCGCUGAGGAAGCAGCGGCUGCAACAGGAGCCGGGGGGAAAGGGGAUGCUGCCGUGCCCCAGGACGGCCCUGUGGCUCCCCCUGGCAUCUAGGGCAGGGACUUGGUCCUGGGUGAACCUGAGGAGCUGCCGGCUCAGGGGACACCCUGGCCACACGAUGGACAUGGUGGUUUGUACGUGGUGGCUCAAAGAGGCCCCGAUGAA